GUGUUUCGUAGUAAACACGAGCCUCUUAUAACACCCUUGCAGUUGGAAAGCCUUCACGGAGUCAAGUUCAAGUUAUUUGAAGUUGAGGCAAAGUUAUGCGAUUGAGGUUAUGUUGACAAGCUUUGAGUUAACGAUUUGCAAAUCUAAUGUUUUCUAUAAAUAAGUGGACAAAGUGACAAACAGUGGUGUUUGUAUUGUCGUGAUUGUCGUGUGGUUGUGAUACGUUCAUUGUUUAUUUACUGUUUCGGUGUAGUUAAAGUGUUUUUCUUUGACAAUAACUAUCGUGUUUGAUUCAACAAACAGUAAGAUAGUGUUGUGUGAAAAAUUAGCUAAUUGUUGCUGUUGAUCAGCUGUGUAAAUAGUGAAAAACGUCAGAAACACUCGUCAAAAUUUAUCCAAUCAAAAAGAAGCAGCCAGUGCCGAUGGCGAAUAGGGUGACGGGCACUUGUUGCACUGCGUCGGUGGAGCGCGCCGGCCUGCCGGGCCUGCUGCGCGACCUACAGAGGCUCUCGGAGGACCAAGACUCCGCUGACAUCGUUUUUAUCCUCGGAACCAACGAAGAAAAAGUUUUUGCACACAAAAUAAUCUUAAUAGCAAGAUGCAAAAGUUUUCAGAACACGAAAAGAGGCGAAGUUUGUCGUAUUCCAGGGUGUUCCGUAACGCCAUCUAUCGGCCAGCAGCCGACACCGAUCCGAAUGCCGCAUGUACAAGUUGAAACAUUUCGUCUCUUCAUUCAAUAUGUUUACACCGGCAAGCUUUUGCUGCAAGACUCAGGAGUUUUCGAAAUGAUGACUUUAGCAGCCGAUUUAGGCGUAGAAGAUCUCAGAUCAGCGUGUGAAGAUCACGUCACAUCGACACUGAGUGUAGAAAGUGCGUGCACUUUGUUAGCAGCAGCAAUGGAAAUUCAAGAUCGACCAGGUGGUAAGAGUGCGUCGUCUUUCAUGGAGCGUUGCAUCGCGUUUAUAGGCGACAACGCCGCAGACUGCGUCAAGACCAACGCCUUCCUCAAUCUUCCCAAGGAAGCACUUAUUAAACUUAUUUCAUCCGAUUUUCUAUGCCUUGAAGAGGAAGAAGUAUGGCGCUGUGCUCUAGCUUGGGCAAAGCAACGAGCUGGUGUGACGCAGCCGACGGCGCACUGGACCGAGGAGGAGAGGGCCCGCGUCUGCCAUCACCUCUCACCACUCAUGCAGCAUGUGCGGCUCCUGCUCAUUGACAGUGCCGUGUUCGCGGAGGAGGUGGAGCCGACGGGCGCGGUGCCCAUGGAGCUGUCGCUGGAGCGCUACCGGCGCGCCGCGCUGCACGCCGCGCCGCCGCCCGCGCCCAGACACGACACCGACAAGCGGACCCAGCCACGUUUGGCAGUGAACAUGUUCACUGGAUCUUUGAUACUGCAGCAGGAGAAGAGUGCCUUCCAAGCUGUCAUCAACAACUGGUGCGGUACUCCGAAGCAGUCGUGGCGGCUGAUAUUCCGCGCGUCCACGCACGGGUACUCCGCGCAGGCCUUCCACUCGCACUGCGACGGAGUGGCGCCCGUCUUACUGCUGGUGCAGUGUUCCCGCGGCGAGGUGAUCGGCGGGUACAGCGAGGCGCGCUGGGCGGCGGGCGGCGCGGGCGGCUACAUCCCGGCCGAGCGCGCCUUCCUCUUCGCCCUCAGCGAGCCGCCCGCGCGGUACACUCUGCUCAAGAAGGCUUUCGCACUCUGCUACCAUCCCGACUGUGGUCCAAUAUUCGGCGCGGGCGCAGACCUGUUGAUCUCCAACAACUGCAACACGAACAGCGAGAGCUACAGCAACCUGCACUCGUACGGGGACCAGCUCGCGCCCGCCUCGCUCGCCUCCGACUACAACUUCACCGUGCGCGACUACGAGGUCUUCACCUACAAACACAACUAAUACAUAAAUCAAGUUAUAUAAUAAUGAAAUAAAUCCAUCCGUGAAUGUAUUAAUUAAUUUAAGAAUAAUUGCGAAAUUGAUCCCAAGUGCUAUAAAAAUCCGUGAUAAUUUUCAUAGUAUUUGUACGGUAAAUAUUAUUUUCACAAUGAAAUAUUAUCAUAAAGUUUAAAUAUUUUGUGCAAAUAAAGGAGUAAAUUACA